AUGAGCCCUCUGUUUUCUGUUAGAAACAACUGCAUUCAGUUCAGGGGUCAUCAGAGAGGAGGCUCUGUAAGACUGAGCAAUAAGAGAAGUGAGAUUGCUGUGACCCCGUAUGGUUAUGCAUCCAAAUUUGAGAUCCACUUUGAUGACAAAUUUGAUGUGUCUUUUGGGAGAGAGGGAGAGACAAUGAGUCUGGGCUGUCGCGUAGUCAUCACUCCUGAAAUUAAACAUUUCCAGCCAGAGAUCCAGUGGUACAGAAAUGGAGUACCUCUUUCUCCGUCGAAAUGGGUGCAAACACUUUGGAGUGGAGAGCGGGCAACACUGACAUUUUCCCAUCUCAACAAAGAAGAUGAAGGCCUCUAUACAAUCCGUGUACGGAUGGGAGAAUAUUAUGAACAAUAUAGUGCUUAUGUGUUUGUUCGAGAUGCUGAUGCAGAGAUUGAAGGAGCCCCAGCUGCUCCCUUGGAUGUCAAGUGCUUGGAGGCCAACAAAGAUUAUAUCAUCGUCUCUUGGAAACAGCCAGCUGUCGAUGGAGGGAGUCCUAUUCUCGGAUAUUUUAUUGACAAGUGUGAGGUGGGCACAGAUAGCUGGUUGCAGUGCAAUGACACACCUGUGAAGUUUGCUCGUUUUCCUGUCACUGGAUUGAUCGAAGGUCGUUCCUAUAUCUUCCGAGUUCGAGCUGUGAAUAAAACGGGAAUAGGUUUCCCAUCUCGAGUUUCCGAGCCCGUGGCUGCUCUGGAUCCAGCUGAGAAAGCCAGACUUAAAAGUCGCCCCUCAGCACCCUGGACUGGACAGAUCAUUGUUACUGAAGAAGAACCUUCAGAGGGUAUUGUGCCUGGCCCCCCGACAGACCUCUCUGUCACUGAGGCCACCCGGAGCUACGUGGUGCUCAGCUGGAAGCCCCCUCGUCAGCGUGGUCAUGAGGGCAUUAUGUACUUUGUGGAAAAGUGUGAGGCAGGAACAGAAAACUGGCAGCGAGUGAACACGGAACUCCCCGUGAAGUCUCCCCGCUUUGCUCUGUUUGACCUGGCCGAGGGGAAAUCCUACUGUUUCCGCGUCCGCUGUUCUAAUUCUGCAGGAGUUGGCGAGCCCUCGGAUGCAACGGAGGUGACUGUGGUGGGGGACAAACUUGAUAUCCCCAAGGCUCCUGGCAAAAUCAUCCCGAGUAGAAACACAGACACCUCGGUGGUAGUUUCGUGGGAGGAGUCCACAGAUGCCAAAGAGCUGGUCGGGUACUACAUAGAGGCGAGCGUUGCUGGCUCUGGCAAGUGGGAGCCCUGUAACAACAACCCCGUGAAGGGCUCACGAUUUACUUGUCAUGGAUUGGUGACUGGUCAGAGUUAUGUUUUCCGGGUCAGAGCAGUCAAUGCAGCUGGACUUAGUGAAUAUUCCCAGGAUUCAGAAGCUAUUGAAGUCAAAGCUGCUAUUGCACCACCAUCUCCACCCCAUGAUAUCACCUGUCUUGAAAGUUUUCGUGACUCAAUGGUUCUUGGAUGGAAGCAACCAGAUAAGAUUGGAGGGGCAGAAAUUACUGGCUAUUACGUGAACUAUCGUGAGGUCAUUGAUGGGGUACCAGGAAAAUGGAGAGAAGCCAAUGUCAAGGCUGUCAGUGAGGAGGCAUACAAGAUUAGCAACUUGAAGGAAAAUAUGGUGUAUCAGUUCCAAGUGGCAGCCAUGAACAUGGCUGGGCUGGGCGCGCCCUCUGCAGUGAGCGAAUGCUUCAAGUGUGAAGAGUGGACCAUCGCCGUCCCAGGACCACCGCACAGUCUCAAGUGUAGUGAAGUCAGGAAAGACUCCCUGGUUCUCCAGUGGAAGCCCCCAGUUCACUCUGGGCGGACUCCAGUCACUGGUUACUUCGUGGAUGUAAAGGAGGCCAAGGCCAAAGAGGACCAGUGGCGAGGGCUCAAUGAGGCGGCUAUUAAAAACGUAUACCUGAAGGUUCGAGGUCUCAAGGAGGGCGUCAGCUACGUGUUCCGUGUUCGAGCCAUAAACCAGGUGGGAGUUGGGAAGCCGUCUGACCUUGCUGGCCCUGUUGUGGCAGAGACCCGUACAGGAACCAAAGAGGUUGUUGUAAAUGUGGAUGAUGAUGGAGUCAUUUCAUUGAACUUCGAAUGUGAUCAGAUGACUCCAAAGUCCGAGUUCACCUGGUCCAAAGAUUACGUAUCCACUGAGGACUCUCCACGGUUAGAAGUCGAAAGCAAGGGCAACAAGACGAAAAUGACCUUCAAAGACCUUGGGAUGGACGACUUGGGUAUUUACUCUUGCGAUGUAACAGACACUGAUGGAAUAGCAUCAAGCUACUUAAUAGAUGAAGAAGAAUUGAAACGUUUACUUGCUCUCAGCCAUGACCACAAGUUCCCAACUGUCCCAGUUAAAUCAGAGUUGGCAGUUGAAAUUUUGGAAAAGGGCCAGGUCCGGUUUUGGAUGCAGGCUGAGAAGCUGUCUGGCAAUGCCAAAGUCAACUACAUAUUUAACGAGAAGGAAAUUUUUGAAGGCCCGAAAUAUAAAAUGCAUAUUGACCGAAACACUGGCAUCAUUGAAAUGUUCAUGGAGAAGCUACAGGAUGAGGAUGAGGGAACGUACACUUUCCAGCUUCAAGAUGGAAAAGCAACUAACCAUUCUACUGUUGUUCUCAUUGGAGAUGUUUUCAAAAAGCUCCAGAAAGAAGCUGAAUUCCAGCGGCAAGAAUGGAUCAGGAAACAAGGUCCUCACUUUGCUGAGUAUUUGAGCUGGGAAGUGACUGGUGAAUGUAAUGUACUAUUGAAAUGCAAGGUGGCAAAUAUUAAGAAGGAGACUCAUAUUGUGUGGUACAAAGAUGAGAGGGAGAUAUCAGUGGAUGAAAAGCACGACUUUAAGGAUGGUAUAUGUACCCUGCUUAUAACAGAGUUUUCCAAGAAAGAUGCUGGGAUUUAUGAAGUUAUCCUGAAAGAUGACCGAGGAAAAGAUAAGAGCAGACUGAAGCUUGUGGAUGAAGCCUUUAAGGAACUGAUGACAGAAGUAUGCAAAAAAAUAGCUUUGUCUGCUACAGACCUGAAAAUCCAGAGCACAGCCGAGGGCAUCCGACUGUACUCUUUUGUAACUUACUAUGUGGAGGAUUUGAAAGUUAACUGGUCCCACAAUGGGACCGCCGUUAGGUACUCAGACAGAGUGAAGACCGGGGUCACUGGAGAGCAGAUCUGGCUGCAAAUCAAUGAGCCCACCCCGAAUGACAAAGGGAAGUACAUCAUGGAGCUCUUUGAUGGCAAAACUGGACAUCAGAAGACAGUGGAUCUUUCUGGACAAGCAUACGACGAGGCCUAUGCUGAAUUCCAGAGGUUGAAACAAGCUGCCAUUGCCGAGAAAAAUCGUGCCCGGGUGUUGGGAGGUCUCCCAGAUGUGGUCACCAUCCAGGAGGGGAAGGCCCUUAAUCUCACUUGCAAUGUGUGGGGAGACCCGCCUCCGGAGGUCUCGUGGUUGAAGAACGAAAAGGCCCUGGCCUCAGAUGACCACUGCAACCUCAAGUUCGAGGCCGGGAAGACCGCGUACUUCACCAUCAACGGCGUGAGCACCGCUGACUCGGGCAAAUACGGGCUGGUUGUGAAGAACAAGUAUGGCUCGGAGACCAGCGACUUCACUGUCAGCGUGUUCAUCCCAGAGGAGGAGGCGAGGACGGCUGCCUUGGAGGCCCAGAAAGGCGGCAAGAAGGCCAAGUGACCGGAGGUGCGAGGAGAGCCAGCCGGCCUGUGCGACUUGAGUGUGAAUGGUUUGGGUUAAGGAUGACACGUCUUUGUGCUUUCUCCUCCCUCUUCUUUUCUGGCUUGAGGGGCAAAUAAUGUCAGAUCUUUCAUUCAUAUAAAAAAGCACCAACUAGUGACACUUUAAUUGUUUUGCCUUAUCUACAAAAUUAUGUGUUAAGAAAAUACCGUUCAUAGGAUGAAGAUUAGGAAAGAGUUUUAAGGAGAAGACUUGAAUAAAGUUGGAGGGACAUUGAGUGAUGGUCAGAGGGCAGACGAAUGUGUUGUGGGGCGAGUUGGGAUUAGCUGCAGCUGUGAAGCCACGGCCGUGUCUCGUGUGUUGUCACAGAAAUGGUGUGCUUUUCAACGGGCGUCUUAUGGCUGGACACCUCAGUAUGAAUAAACAGUUUUCACAUCUGUCCUCUUCCCCGA